AAAAUAGACGCUGCUAUGAGCUCAAUGAGAAUGGCGAGCUCCGUCCCCCACCUCCCCCUCUCCCCGUCCCCACCCCUCCCCUCCGCCACCAAAACCCUAACCCUAACCCUAACCUUAACCCCCUCCCCCCGCCUCCGCCUCCCCUCGUCGCGGCGGCGGAGGGGGGCGGCGAUUAGGGUUUCGUCGAGGGGGGGAGCGGCGGAGGAGGCUGAGGAGGUGCGGGUCGAGAGGGGAGGCGGAGCUGUUGCUGGUGUCGAGAAGGGUUCGAUUGUGGAGGGUGAUGAUGGUGUUAAAGAUGAGGAGAACGAGGGGGAGGAGGAGGGGUGCGAGGGAUUUGAGUACAAAUAUGAACUCAAAUGGCCCCCGUGGGAGGGUUUACCGGAGAGGUAUAAGCUCAUCGGAACUACGUCGCUCGCAUUUGUUAUCUGCAAUAUGGACAAGGUUAACUUGAGUGUUGCCGUCAUUCCCAUGUCCCAUCAAUUUGGGUGGAAUUCAUCAACCGCCGGCUUAGUUCAAUCAUCUUUCUUUUGGGGAUAUGCCUUGAGUCAACUACCUGGGGGAUGGCUCUCUAAAUUAUUUGGAGGAAGGAAGGUGCUUGAAGUUGGUGUCCUAGCUUGGUCAUUGGCCACGAUACUUGUUCCCCUUGUAGCAGGAUUUAUGCCGGGGCUUAUUUUGUCAAGGAUUUUGGUGGGAAUUGGAGAAGGUGUUUCACCAUCAGCAGCAACUGACUUAGUUGCCAGAUCCAUACCAUUACAAGAACGCUCUAGAGCAGUUGCAGUUGUCUUUGGAGGUUUAAGCAUAGGAAGCGUUCUUGGGCUUCUGUUUGCUCCUCCAAUUAUCCAGAAUUUAGGUUGGGAAUCGGUCUUCUACAUAUUUGGCUUGCUUGGAAUAGGUUGGUGUUUGGGAUUUGAGUUGGUUAAAGAAGGGCAAUCCUUGCUUGAUGGCAAUGGAAUCUUGAGUUUGGGACAAAAGCCGCUAGGGACCAAUGGCCAUAUCUUGUCAACUAUAUCUUCAAAGAAGUCAUUGGAUGCAUCACUCAAUGAAUUGGUUGCUUCGCUUAAGGAUGUGCCGUGGAAGGAAUUCUUUAAAAGCCCAGCAGUGUGGGCGAUGAUAUAUGCUCACUUUUGUGGAAGUUGGGGGCAUUACACUUGUUUGUCUUGGCUACCAACUUAUUUUAGUGAGGAGUUGAACCUGAACUUGACAGAAGCAGCAUGGGUGUCAAUUCUCCCUUCCUUGGGUUCAAUUCUUGUUACCUCUAUUGCAGCACCUUUCGCGGACAACUUAAUCUCAAGUGGAGUUAAGACCACAAAGGUGCGGAAAAUUUGCCAAACAAUUGCAUUUUUGUCCCCUGCAACUUUCAUGAUGCUGUCCUCUGUGGAUCUAGGGUUGCCGCCCUGGGAAGUUGUAGCAUUUCUUACUAGCGGUUUGGCUCUCUCCAGCUUUGCCUUGUCAGGGCUUUACUGCACUCAUCAAGAUAUCUCGCGCGAAUAUGCAAGUAUACUUUUGGGUAUUACAAACACAAUAGGGGCGGUGCCUGGAAUCAUUGGCGUUGCCCUCACAGGCUAUCUUCUCGAUUCGACGCAUUCAUGGAGUCUAUCGCUCUUUGCUCCCUCAAUCUUCUUUUAUCUGACUGGUACGGUCGUAUGGCUGCUAUUCGCCAGUAGCGAACCUCAGGAAUUUUCCAGGCGAGAUUCGUAACCACAUUCUACUCUUCUACUGCAAUCUAUAUAUAGCAUUGCUUCGGGGCAUCUCCAUAUAAAGAAAGCCGUAAAUUAUGGAAUUCGAAAGGGAUAAAUUGACCGGAUUGCUCCAGAAACUUAUAGAAGGUUACAGAAUUCUGUGGCACCCUCCAAUUUUAUACUUCAGAGGGGGUGUGAAGAAAAUUUAUGCGACAAAGUAAGUUUAGAGUGUAGUGUAGCAUAUGUGUAUCUAAGUUCAUGUAUAUGUUUAGGUGAAUGAAUGUUGUUUGGUGAAAAUAUAAAUCUAUUAUAAUGAGUUGGCUCCAUCAACCCCUGAUGUAGAUUUUAUAUUCAAUUCAAUUAGUUCAAAGUGAAAGAGGUGAUUCAUGCAACGGAAUUCAGUUAAUUUAAUUGAAUGAUUUUUUUUUUUU